GUCAUUUGUCAAAAUCAAUUCCCUCUGCCACCUCUGGUCGGCAAAAAAAGCUUCAAUCUCAGGUGUCUCUUCGACACUCUCUCUCUCCUCCACUGUGUGUUGUGUGUGUUUUUGUCUCUUGUCUCUGUCUGUCCCUAUCUUCAUCAAACCUCCCUCUCUCACUGCACUUAAAUCCCUCGCUGAAACUUUCUCCUCUCCCUCACUCAAAACAAAUCAGUUUACAGUUUUGUGCUGUGUAAAAGCCCUACACAACCAACCACCACUCAUUCUUUACCUUUUGCUUUUCCUUCAAGUUAAACUGCCCAAUUUAUUUCUCCCUUGAUUUGACCAUUAAAAGCGCUCAGCCUUUUUUCACGUAGAGAUAAGGUGAAAAAACCAGUUUAUCUCUCAGAAACUGCCAGAAAUUAAAAUCAAGACGAAAUCUUUGUGUGUAAGUCCAUUUUCAUCCCUCUUUUCUCUUUCGAUAAAACAGUCUUGAUUUUUCCCAGCUCUUGUGAUUGAUUUUUUAUCUGGGUUUGGAUCCCAUUGAAAUUAUUAAUUGAGAAACAAUUUGGGAUUUCUUUUUAGAAAAAAAAAAGGGCAUUUCUUCAUAGGUUAUUGUAUUGAAUUUGUGGCUAUUUAAUGGCUUUAAUCUUUUUUAUAUGAUUGUUCCUAUAUUGUUUCUGCAGAGAUUUAUGGAGGGUUUCUAUUGAUUUUGUUAGAAUUUUUAUGUGGUUGAAAAACGGUGUGAUUUUUGCUGAGAAUUAUGAUUGAUAUUAUGCAUUCAUUGGAGAAGACCGAGAAUCAGUUCGAAAAAUAUUUGGAUUCCCAAUUAUGGCAUGCUUGUGCUGGUGGAAUGACUCAAAUUCCACCAUUGAAUUCCAAUGUGUAUUACUUCCCUCAGGGUCAUGCUGAGCAUGCGGCUAAGAAUGUCGAUUUUCGUAGUUUUCCCCGAAUUUCGCCCCUAGUGCCUUGUAGAGUAUCAUCGAUUAAGUAUCUGGCUGAUGUUGAGACAGAUGAGGUUUUUGCAAAAAUCGGAUUAGUCCCUUUGAGAGGGAGGGAAUGUGAGGUUGAUGAUGAGGUUGGAUUGUUGGGAUUUGAUAGGAAUGAGGAAAAGGAGAAGCUGAAUUCGUUCGCUAAGACGCUGACACAGUCGGAUGCAAACAAUGGUGGGGGGUUUUCUGUUCCGAGGUAUUGCGCGGAGACCAUAUUUCCAAGGUUGGAUUACUCGGCUGAGCCGCCUGUGCAGACGAUCUUGGGCAAGGAUGUGCAUGGGGAGGUUUGGAAGUUUAGGCAUAUCUAUCGGGGGACGCCUAGGAGGCAUCUCUUGACCACUGGUUGGAGUAAUUUUGUGAACCAGAAGAAGCUUGUGGCAGGGGAUUCCAUUGUGUUCUUGAGGGCAGAAAAUGGGGACCUUUGUGUGGGCAUACGCAGGGCCAAGUUGGGGAUCGGGGGCGGGUCUGAGGUGUCGUCCGGGUGGAACACGGGUGCCGCGAAUGGCACCUCAUCUUUAUACAAGUCGGGUUUCUAUGGUUUCUCAAGUGAGAGUGGCCUUAAGAAUGAGUGUGAUUCGAGGGUGAAGGAGAAAGAUAAUGUGAAGAUUGCUUCAGUAAUUGAAGCAGCAAGACUUGCUGCCAGUGGGCAGCUGUUCGAGGUCGUCUACUAUCCCCGUGCAAGCACGCCGGAGUUUGUGAUCAAGGCCUCGGCAGUGAGGGCUGCAAUGAGGGUCCAGUGGUGUCCCGGGAUGAGAUUCAAGAUGGCAUUCGAAACAGAAGAUUCGUCUCGGAUAAGCUGGUUUAUGGGAACCAUAUCAUCUGUCCAAGUAGAUGAUCCGAUUCACUGGCCUAAUUCUCCUUGGCGACUUCUGCAGGUGGCAUGGGAUGAGCCCGAUUUGCUCCAAAACGUUAAACGCGUUAACCCUUGGUUAGUUGAGUUGGUUUCAAGUAUUCCGACAAUCCAUCUCUCCCCGUUCUCCCCGCCAAACAAGAGGCCUCGGCAGCAUUUGGAAUUUCCGUUCGGCCAACUUCCGAUGUCGACGCUACUCAGCAACCCCCUCAGUCCCAGCAGCCCCUUGUGUUGUUUACCCGACAACAUCUCUACAGGCAUACAGGGAGCCAGGCAUGCUCAAUUCGUGUUAUCUUCUUCGGAUCUCCACCUCAAUAAACUGCAGAUGGGACUUCGUCCGUUCGACUUCAAGCCACUCGAUUAUGGUGGCCAACAUCCUCAAUUCAUCACCGGCAACCCUCUGGAAAAUUGCAACUCAGGCGCUUCGCCUCAUUGUCUAAAAAUGGAGAGCUCUGUCCAGUAUCUGAAGAAGCCUAAUGAAGGCAAAAACGGGGCGAGAACGCCUAUGUUUGUUUUAUUCGGUCAGCCAAUUCUGACGGAACAGCAAAUUUCUCAGAGCUGCUCCAUGGAUGCCGGAGGGAACAGCUUCUCGGAUGGAUACCACGAUACUGUAGGCCACACAUCCAAUGCUUCGGGAUCAGCAGUGAUUCAGAAUUCUCCACCGGAAGCCUCAUCGGAUGAAGAGUUUCCGAGGCUGAAAGAUCAGAAACACGAGCACUGCAAAGUUUUCAUGGAGUCCGAGGAUGUUGGUCGGACCCUUGACCUCUCGACUCUCAGGUCAUACGAAGAACUGCACCGGAAAUUGUCUUCUAUGUUCGGAAGAUCCACAAUUUCGAGCAUUGUAGUUUAUAGCAACGCAGUAGGCGCGACCAAACUCAUUGGAGACGAGCCCUUCGGCGAUUUUGUGACAAAAGCAAGAAGGCUUACGAUUCUAACGGAUUCAAGCAGCGACUAUCACGGUAACAAGUGAAGAAAUCGAUCUGUUUUCAAGUUUGGAUCGUAAAGUUUGAUUAGGUUUUCUUUCUAUCCGAAUGCUCUGUUUUUGAGCCCUUCAGUUCCUAGAUUUAUGCUCGAACUAGCAAAAAUGGUGGUCGUUUUCGACUUAUUUGAAUGUAAGAAGUUGCUUUGGCUCUUGAUCUGCAAACUCUUGCAGGACUUUUUUUGCAACGAAAUAUGAAUCUUCCUACAUUUAGCAA